AUGUCUAAAUUGAAUCCUCGUACCAAACAUAAAGAAUUCAACGGUAUAGUUGGUUCUUCAGCAAUAACCAUCUUUUUACCAUUAAUUCUUGAAAUCUUUCAAUUGGUAUGCAAUCCUUCCUACUCAACCAAGGGUCUUAGUAUUGAUAUUCAUGCCAUAUUGAACCAGCUACCUUCAAAUUUCGAGCAAUGGUACGAUCUCGCAUUUGACCAAACUGUCUGGAAAGUAUACCUUAUUUGGUUUUUUGGCUUGGCUAUCUUGGGCCAGAUCUUACCCGGUAAACAACUUGAAGGUACGGAGUUGAGAGACGGAACAAAGUUGAAAUAUACAAUAAAUGGAAUCUCAAUGAGUAUAGCUUUGGUUGUCCUUUUACUUGCACGCGCUUUCCAAGUAAAAGAUUUCCAAUUACCUGAAUUGCAAUUCAUUUACGAUCAUCAACUACAGCUCACAAUCACAUGUAUUAUAUUUUCAUUUGUUUUGGCAAUAUUUGUUUAUGUAUACUCGUUUGUACCGCUUGCUAACCCCAAUGGAUUGGGAACUAAAGAGAAAAUUCUCAGUGUUAAUGGAAAUACCGGUAACGUAUUUUAUGACUGGUUUAUUGGUCGUGAAUUGAAUCCUCGUAUUGGAACUUGGGAUAUUAAAUUAUUUUGUGAGUUGAGACCGGGAAUGUUGUUGUGGUUCUUAAUCAACUUGAGCUGUGUACAUCAACAAUAUCAUUUGAAAGGGUAUGUUACUGACUCUAUGAUUUUGGUUAACCUUCUUCAAGCGCUUUAUUUAUUUGACGGUGUAUUGAAUGAGGCUGGUUGUUUGAGCAUGAUUGAUACAACCACUGACGGGUUUGGGUUCAUGUUGGCUUUUGGAGAUUUGGCUUGGGUGCCCUGGAGCUAUAGUUUACAGUCAAGAUAUUUGGCUAUUCCAGGUAACGAGAUCACUCUUGGCUGGUUUUAUUUUACGGCAAUCCUAUUACUACAAUUUGUUGGCUUCUACAUUUUCCGUUCGGCAAAUCAACAAAAGUCGGAUUUCAAGAAUGGGAAAUUAAAUCACUUAAAGUCGAUCAAGACUCAAACAGGUUCCAAUCUUUUGGUUGAUGGUUGGUGGGGAAUCUCUCAACAUAUUAAUUACUUGGGUGAUUGGUUAAUUGGCUGGUCCUGGUGUUUACCUACCGGUUUCCAGACCCCAUUGACUUAUUUUUACGUGGUUUAUUUUGCAAGUUUAUUAAUCCAUCGUCAAAUUAGAGACGAUUUAAAGUGUCAAUCCAAAUAUGGUAAAGAUUGGGAAAAGUAUAAGCAAUUGGUGCCCUAUAAGAUAAUUCCUUAUAUUUACUAA